AAAAGGCUCACGUGGGUGGCAGGGCGGUGAUAGGAGUCUCCCACUCUGUGGGCUUCGCUAGAGGUGCGGCCCCUGCGCGUGUCCUCGCCCUUGAAGGGGAAGUGUGUGUGUGUGUGUGUGUGUGUGUGUGUGUGUGUGUGUGUGUGUGUGUGUGUGUGUGUGUGUGUGUGUGUGUGUGUGUGUGUGUGUGUGUGUGUGUGUGUGUGUGUGUGUGUGUGUGUGUGUGUGUGCCUGCGGGCGCUGUGCGAGCCGCCCUGAACGACCACAAUGUUGAGCGCGCUCGAGCACCGAAGCACCGCGAGCGCCGGCGAGCACCACCGCCCCGCGCCUUGGCGUGGGUCGGUAGUACACGAUGCGGCGCCCAGCAGCUCUAUCAUGCGUCGCACCCGCAGUGGCCAAGCCGACCGCCGCUCGAACUGGCGCCGAGUGGCUCCCAGAUCGAGCGCGGCAGGCUCAGUCGCACCGUCGCGGGGCGAACGCGAACCGAGCCGUCGCCGUUCGCCGCAGCCGCCAGCCGCCAGCCGUCAGCCGUACAGCCGUACAGCCGUCAGCCGUCAGCUCGCAGUCGCCGUCGCUGCCGCCGCCGCAGCAGCAGUGAGCGAGCUCCUGCGUCGUGUUGCCGACGCAGUGUGGACGCGCGCCGCCCAGCGGCGAGCGAGCGUGCUCGGAGUUGGGUCGGCGCGCGCGCGGGCGGACGGCGCCUGUAAACAGACAGCCUGC